AUGAACAAGCAUAAUCACAGCAUAGUGUCUGAAUUCAUCCUCUUAGGACUGCCCAUCCGGCUGGAAGAGCAAGGCAUGUACUAUGCCCUGUUCCUGGUCCUGUACCUGACCACAGUGCUGGGGAACCUGCUCAUCAUCCUGCUCAUCAGGCUGGACUCCCACCUCCACACCCCCAUGUACUUCUUCCUCAGCCACUUGGCUCUCACUGACAUCUCUUUCUCAUCAGUCACAGCUCCAAAGAUGCUCAUGAAUAUGCUGACUCAUAGCCAAUCCAUCUCUUAUGCUGCUUGCAUUUCCCAGUCAUAUUUUUUCGCAUUGUUUGCAGAUAUCGACAACUUUCUUCUUACCUCAAUGGCCUAUGACAGGUACGUGGCCAUCUGUCACCCCCUACAUUAUACCACCAUCAUGAGCCAGAGACUCUGCUUCCUACUAGUAAUCAUAUCCUGGGUGUUAUCCUUUGCCAAUGCCCUUUUGCACACCAUCCUCUUAUCCUCUCUCUCUUUUGCUAGAGGCAACAUUCUCCACCACUAUUUCUGUGAUCUCUCUGUCUUGCUCAAGGUGUCCAGUUCAGACACCACCAUCAAUCAGAUGGUCAUCCUUAUGGCGGGAUCCGUGGUCAUAACCCUGCCAUUCAUUUGCAUUCUGGUGUCUUAUGGGCACAUUGGGGCCACUAUUCUUAGAGCUUCCUCAUUCAAGGGAAUCUGCAAAGCUUUGUCCACAUGUGGCUCUCACCUCUGUGUGGUUUCUCUGUACUAUGGAGGAAUUAUUGGGAUCUACUUUUUGCCUUCUUACAGUGACACUAAUGACAAGGAUAUUAUUAUAACUGUGUUGUAUAAUGUGGUCACACCCAUGGUCAAUCCCUUUAUCUACAGUCUGAGGAAUCGGGAUAUGAAAAGAGCUCUUAAAAAUCUACUCAGCAGAGGAAUAUCUUCAGCAUGA